AAUGAAUAGUUUCGAAGUGAGUGGACGGUGUUGGGUGCGCGAUGCACGGUGUCUCUGGACCCUCUUCUCAUUUACUGCCGCUCGCCAGCCGCCGACGGGCGAACAUGCGUGUUGUGUUUUGUAACAUCAUUCGGAACACUUGUUAAACACACAAAGUUAGAUAAAACCAAAGUUUAAAAUGUUUUUUGAGUGGAUGGAAUGUAGAUUUGUGCGUGUGGUGUUUAUUGUCGGAGUUUUAAGUGUUGUACUUUCAUGUGAUGUGGGUUAUUGCGAAGAUGUCAGUGAUGAGAUGCGGUUUAAAAGUGUGCCUACAACUGUGAAAGCGCAUGAAAAUAAUUCGGUGCUUUUGCCAUGUUAUUUGGAAACAAGUAAUAAUGACGGAGCGAAUUCAAUCCGUUUGAAAUGGUACCGCAACGGUGCAGAGUUUGCCGACAGCGGGCCGCCUCUAACACCGCCCCCGGAUCGCUUCAGACUCUGGGAGAACGGCUCGCUGGAAGCUAUAAACGUUCAGCCGCAGGAUACGGGGGAGUACAUGUGCGAAAUCAUCCGACCGGAACCGUGGGCGCCCGUGCGGCAAGUGCACGCCAUCGAAGUACUACAUCCGCCUUCAAUUGUGCGCCUGCCAGAGAAUGGCUUUCUGGAAGUUAAACUCGGCGAAGAAGUUCAGAUGACUUGCAAAGCGGAUGGCGUCCCGCAACCUGCGGUGACCUGGUCAUCGAAGGGCGAGAUUAUGCAGUUGCGUGAUAGUCGAGAGACGCUUACAUUCACAGCGUCUGAUAGGAAUCUAGCUGGGGCUUAUGAAUGUAUCGCGGCGAAUGGUGUUGGGGAACCUGCCAAGGCAGAAAUUGAACUUAAUGUAAUCUAUCCUCCUGAAUUGAUGUCGACUAGAUCUUGGAUUCACACUGCUCCUGAUCUGCGGGUACAACUGGAGUGCAAAGUUUCCGCUGACCCGCAAGCUGUGGUCACGUGGUUAAAAGGGGAAAUCCCUGUUACUCUUGAUCAGAGGGUGAUGCCUCUGGUCGAUGGAGAUAAACACACUUUGCUUAUUAGGAAGGUGCUGAGGAGUGAUUUUGGGUUUUACACUUGCAGAGCUACGAAUGAUUUGGGUCAAGGGGAAGUUCAAAUUCAACUCUCAGGUGUCCCUAAUCCGGGUGUAUUCAAACGCACCGAUGAUAAAAACCUGGAAUCAGUGAAUUCAUACACCCUCAUCUGGGAGGUAGAUAGUUACACGCCUAUCAUAGAAUACAAUCUAUGGUUCCGCACGUAUAAAGAAAUGGGUAUCCAUAAACCUGAUUGGACCAAGUUGACUAUCCCCACCGAACACAACAGUAAUUCAGGUCAUAUGCACUCCAAAUUAUACACCAUCAAAGGACUCAAAGAAAAAACAAUCUACGAAGCUCUUCUAGUAUCUCGAAAUCGCUACGGAUGGUCUAAACCAAGUCCAAUUCUAAGAUUUGCAACAGUGGGAGCAGAUUUAUUGGAAGAGAUUAUAACUCCUCUCCAGACAGAAACCGACAACAAUAUAAUCCCUAUGGAUGUGACGAACACAUCAGCAGCUAUCUCCUACGUGCACAAUUAUCAAAGAAAAUUGUUUACUCUUGCUAUUAUUUUGUUCAGAUUAAUAUAAUGCCACAAAAACA